GCCGCCGCGGCAGCCGCGGGCGAUGCCGACGGCGGCUCCGGCUCUGCGGCGGCGGCGGCGGCGGCGCUGCUCGGCGGGGUACUCUUCUUCCUGGCCACCUUCGCGCUUCUCUUCCACCGGUGGCAGAAGCGUCGGCAGCUGUCGAUGCAAGCCUCGCAGCUGACCUGCAUUCUUGGCGCAGUCUGGUUCUACGCGCUGCUCUGCCACGGCCUCCCGGCGCUCUUCCAG